CCGCUCAGGUUCCUGCUGGCGGCUCCGCCCCGGUCCGGCCCGGCCCAGCCCCACCGCGCGUCCCUCCCGCCCGCCGGAGCCCGGCGCCGACAGACGGGCGGACUGACGCGCGGACGAGGGGACCAGCGGGCGGCGGCGCGGGCCGCGAGGAGCAGGUGUGGGCCAGGCACCAGGCCACGUUGAGAUCUGCCUUUCCAGCGCCGGCCACCACCAAGGACACCAUGAGCCAGUCUGUGAGCUGCUGCCCGGGUGCUGCCAAUGGCAGCCUGGGCCGGUCUGACGGUGUGGCGAAGAUGAGUGCCAAGGACCUGUUUGAACAGAGGAAGAAGUACUCCAACUCCAACGUCAUCAUGCACGAGACCUCCCAGUACCAUGUCCAGCACUUGGCCACAUUUAUCAUGGACAAGAGUGAAGCCAUCGUGUCUGUGGACGACGCCAUCCGGAAGCUGGUGCAGCUGAGCUCCAAAGAGAAGAUCUGGACGCAGGAGAUGCUGCUGCAGGUCAACGACCAGGCCCUGCGGCUGCUGGACGUGGAGUCCCAGGAAGAGCUGGAGAAUUUCCCGCUGCCCACCGUGCGGCAUACCCAGACGGUGCUGAACCAGCUGCGUUACCCGUCGGUGCUGCUGCUGGUGUGCCAGGACUCAGAGCAGAACAAGCCGGACAUCCACUUUUUCUAUUGCGAUGAGGUGGAGGCGGAGCUGGUGCACGAAGACAUUGAGAGCGCACUGGCCGACUGCCGCCUGGGGAAGAAGAUGAGGCCCCAGACUCUGAAGGGCCACCAGGAGAAGAUCCGGCAGCGGCAGUCGGUCCUGCCUGCCCCCCAGGGCCCGGCUCCCAUCCCCUUCCAGCGAAACAACGCAGACACUUCUCCCCCCAGGAAUCGCGUGGGCCCGCCGGUGCCGCUCAGCGAGUCAAGCUUCCGCCGUCAGGAGUCGCUGGACGAGGAGCCACCGCGGGCUGUGCUGGCACAGAAGAUAGAGAAGGAGACGCAAAUACUCAACUGCGCCCUGGAUGACAUUGAGUGGUUCGUGGCACGGCUGCAGAAGGCAGCAGAGGCUUUCAAGCAGCUGAACCAACGCAAGAAGGGGAAGAAGAAAGGGAAGAAAGGACCAGCAGAGGGUGUCCUCACGCUGCGGGCGCGGCCCCCCUCGGAGGCCCAGUUUGUUGACUGUUUCCAGAAAACCAAGCUGGCCAUCAAUCUGCUUGCCAAGCUGCAGAAACACAUCCAGAAUCCCAGCGCUGCCGAGCUCGUGCACUUCCUCUUCGGGCCUCUGGACCUGAUCGUGAGCACCUGUGGUGGCCCGGAUAUUGCAAGCUCUGUCUCCAGCCCCCUGCUCUCCCGAGAGGCCGUGGGCUUCCUGCGUGGCCACCUAGUCCCCAAGGAGAUGGCGCUGUGGGAUUCACUGGGGGAAACCUGGACACGCCCACGCUCCGAGUGGCCGCGGGAGCCGCAGGUGCCUGUGUACGUGCCCAGGUUCCACAGCGGCUGGGAGCCACCCCUGGACGUGCUGCAGGAGGCUCCCUGGGAAGUGGAGGGGCUGGCGGCAGCCCCUAGUGACGAGCCGACUCCAGCAAGCCGUCCAUCCUUUCGAAACUCCCCGAAGCACAGCCUUGUGUCUGAACCCACACCCCUGGGAGAGGUCCUCCCCCCAGUCAGCUCUCCGCAUGCUCACAGGGGCUACGAACCUGCAGCAGCCAUGGCCAAGUAUGUCAAGGUCCUCUACGACUUCACAGCCCGCAAUGCCAAUGAGCUCUCCGUGCUCAAGGACGAGGUCCUGGAGGUGCUGGAAGACGGCCACCAGUGGUGGAAGCUCCGCACCCGCAGUGGCCAGGCAGGCUACGUGCCUCACAACAUCCUGGCUGAGACCCGGCCGGAGGACCUGGGUGCCCCCCAGGAGCAGGCUGGUAUGAAAUACUGGGGUCCUACCAGCCCCACCCACAAGCUGCCCCCAAGCUUUGCCGGAAACAAAGAUGAGCUCAUCCACCACAUGGACGAGGUCAACGACGAACUCAUCAAGAAAAUCAGCCACAUCAAGGCGCAGCCGCAGCGGCACUUCCGCGUGGAGCGCAGCCAGCCCGUGCACCUGCCGCUCACCUACGAGUCUGGCCCGGAUGAGGUCCGCGCCUGGCUGGAAGCCAAGGCAUUCAGUGCUCGGAUCGUGGACAACCUGGGCAUCCUGACCGGGCCCCAACUCUUCUCGUUGAACAAAGAGGAGCUGAAGAAGGUGUGUGGGGAGGAAGGCAUCCGCGUGUACAGCCAGCUCACCGUGCAGAAGGCCUUCCUGGAGAAGCAGCAAGGUGGGUCGGAGCUGGAGGAACUCAUGAACAAGUUUCAUUCCAAGAACCAGCGGAGGAUGGAGGAAGACAGCUAGACCUGGCUGCGUGGGCCCACCACGCCUGUGGCUGGGGGCCGGUCUGCGGGGCCCACACCCCGUGCAUGGAGUAUUAUUUUUGUAUGUGUGUGUAUUUUGUACCAUGGACACAGGGAGUGUGGUGCUGGCUGGGGGUCCGUUUACCUGUCCUCAGGCACCUCCGUGCCGCAGCCCACACUCACUCACCUGCCCCACGGCCCACCUCAGCCAAACUUGCCACCUUAGGUGCCAGCUCCUCAUCCACCUGCCCCCUGAGGCCAGAGCUAUGGCUGGUCCAGACCUAGCCCAGCCCCUUCCCUGCUUCUCCCCAUACCUCUACCUGAGGCUACAGAACCCUCCUUUUUCUCUGGCCUCCCCCAUCCACAUGGGGUUACCUGGCGCUUGUGACUCUGCCCCAUCCCACCUGUGUGACUGCUCACAUCCACAUCCACCUGCACCCCCACACCCCUGGAAGGGCUGUGGCUCCAAAGGGCAGCAGACCUCAGUUGCCCAGCUACCCUGGGCUCUAUUCCCACCAGGCUGGUGACCCUUGCUCAGAUGGUGCCCCCAGCACCCACCCAGUGCACGGCUCUUGAGGGUGGCCUGGGGGUGCAUGCCGUACUUGGAGUGAGGAUGAACCAGACACACCCAAGUACUGGUCUCGGCACCCCACCUUUACCCACACCGCCCCCCACCACUCUCUCCAGAGCCCAAGAAAGGAAAUUCCCUGACCAAGCUCAGGCCAGCUUCACCCACAUGCUAUAUAAGGGGGCGGGUGAGUCUUGGAUCCCUGGCCUCUGCAGGUCACACCCCAGAGUUGAGAGGUGGCCAGGCUCAAAAGCCAUGACAUUAAACCAAUUAUCCCCUAGCA